GAGAGAGAGACACCACAGACACACACACACAGACACAUACAUAGACACACACACAGAAACACACACGCUGGUCAGGAUAGAUGGCGGAGUCAAAGCGUAUAUCUGAACCCAUCAACUUUGUGCAUCAGGAUGAAAUCUGGAAAGCACACGUUAACAUGGAGAAGGAUUCAGCUGAAAUCUGGCCCAACAGGUGGGGCUUCCUGACUGAGGUUUACAAAGAGUACAAGCUGGAGAAUGUGAAGCUGAAAACAAGUUUCCGAGUGGAGCCUCCUCUUCACCUGGUCCCACUGCCUGAGACCCCCCCUGAAAAAUCCAUCCAGGUUGGCCCCUCCCCUCCAGUCCCUCAGACAACUCAGGCUCUGAUUGGCUGGCGUUCCGGCCGCUCCCAUCUGCAACUGGAGAGGUACGGCCCGGUGCAUCAUGGGAGACGUAGUCUUCUGAAGGAGCUGGGCUGGCCUCUCGACGCUUGCUGAGUGGAUGAUUCCCCUAGUGGUCACUACUGCUCCUUGAUGCUGCCUCAAUAAUCAAUAAUUAUCAGUAUGUAUUAUUAUUGAAUGUAGAUUAAAAACACUUAGGGACAUUAAUAUGAAGGAGACUGUGUUAAGAUGGUGGAAGUUCUUCACUCUCUAACUGGAUCUUGACUUUUAAACAUAAUCAUAACACUAUUAUUAACUAUUAAAAUGUGUGCAUUGUGUAAUUAUACAAAAUACAGUAUUUCUAGAUAUGA